AGCCAUAUGUUUUGAUUCAGCGGUUGUUCUGUAAAAUAUGUUAAGAACUAAACGAACUAAACGCGUUUGGAUAGCAUUGAAUCGACCUGGUAAACAGAGACUGCCCUAAAGCUGAAUGAGGCAUGGCCCAGUUCGGGGGACAGAAGAAUCCGCCAUGGGCAAAUCAGUUUGCUGCCACAUCCGUGUCUCAGCCAGGUCACUCAGGACAGUCUCUUGACCUCAACAGCCUGCACUCUCUUGGGGUGCAGCAACAGUCUCUUCUGGGAGCGUCACCCUCCGUUUACUCUCAGCAGUCAGCCUUGGCUGCAGCUUCUCUCAGUAACCAGUCUGCAGCAAACUAUCAGCUGUCCCAACAAACUGCUGCCUUGCAGCAGCAAGCUGCAGCAGCUGCAGCUGCUGCUUUACAGCAGUCUCAGAUCAAUUCAGCACUUCAGCAGUAUCAGCAGCAACAGCAACCUCCCCAGCAACCACCUCAGCAACUGUAUAAUGUACCUCAUCAGCUUCCUCAGCAGGCACUGAUCUCUCAGCCCCCCGUCGCAUUGCCCACCAGCUUGAGCUUGUCCAACCCUCAGCAGACAGCUCAGAUUACGGUUUCAUAUCCAACGCCACGUUCAAGCCACCAACAGCAGACGCAGCCACAGAAGCAGCGAGUCUUCACUGGUGUAGUCAAUAAACUGCAUGACACGUUUGGCUUUGUAGAUGAAGACGUCUUCUUUCAGCUAAGUGCUGUGAAGGGGAAAACUCCCCAGGUCGGGGACAGGGUCCUAGUGGAAGCCGUGUACAACCCUAAUAUGCCCUUCAAGUGGAAUGCCCAACGCAUCCAGACUUUACCUCAGCUGGGAAAUCAGUCGCAUCAGCAGCAGCCUCCGCCUUUACCUCAAGCUUCCCCACAGAUCGGCAGCCUUUACAGUGAACCAGGAAUGCAGCUCCGCUACACAGAUAUGCACUCUGCUAUGGACAACAGACAAAAUAGCCAGGCUCAGGCUUCUAACAUGAUGAAGUCAGCCCCAAACAUGCUGCAGUCGCUACCUCCCCCGACUACUUUCAGUGUUCAAGCUCAGAAUCCAUCCUCCCUGCUGCAAGCCCAGCUCUCUGCCGUCUCUCUGGCCCCGCUUCUCCAGAACCCCCCUCAGCCUCUGCUCCCACAGCCUCCCACCAAAGAUGUUUUUGGCGGUGGUCUGCUGCAGCCCCCUGUAAGAAUAAUGCAGCAGGCGCAGAACCUUCGCCGAAUGGAACCAACUCGUUUCACCACUCGCAAUGAUCGAAUGCCUGAACUUAUCCUCAGGCCUAAAGAGGAACGCAGCAGAGAUCGAGAACGCGAUCGUAGGAGAUCUAGAGAACGCUCUCCCACACGCAAACGCUCGAGAGACCGGUCACCAAGACGGGAACGCUCUCCAAGGCGCAAUCGCAAGGCGGUUCCACGCUACACUGUACAAUUUUCCAAGUUCAGCUUAGAUGGCUCCAGUUGUGACUUGAUGGAGCUUAGACGGCGCUAUCAGAGUCUCUACAUCCCCAGUGACUUUUUUAAUGCCGUCUUCACCUGGGUGGAUGCCUUCCCUGUGACCCGACCCUUCCAGUUCAGCAAUGCCUGUAACUUCCACGUCCUGCACAAAGAAGUAGAUCCUCCAGUCAAAAACACAGCAGUGCUGGACCCUCCCGAUGUUAGCCGUGCCUACAGCGCAAAGGUGAUGCUGCUUGCUAACCCCAGUUUAGAGGAGCUUUAUCACAAGUCAUGUGCUCUGGCAGAGGACCCUCAGGAAGUCAGAGAAUCUUUCCAACAUCCCGCGAGGCUCAUUAAGUUUUUGGUGGGCAUGCGGGGUAAAGACGAGGCCAUGGCUAUCGGGGGUCAUUGGUCUCCCUCUCUAGAUGGAGCUGACCCGGAGAAGGACCCAUCAGUGCUUAUUAAGACAGCCAUACGUUGUUGCAGGGCGCUCACAGGCAUAGACCUUAGUCUGUGCACUCAGUGGUAUCGUUUUGCAGAGAUUCGCUAUCAUCGGCCGGAGGAGACACACAAGGGGCGGACAGUCCCUGCUCAUGUGGAGACAGUGGUUUUGUUUCUUCCGGAUGUUUGGCAUUGUCUUCCUACCCGCUCAGAGUGGGAAGUGCUGUCACGGCGACUCCGGGAGCAGCUGGCUGAGAAGCUGUCGGCCGAGCGAAAGGAGGCGGAUGGAGAACAGGAGGAAGAAGAAAAAGAUGACGAAGAAUCUAAAGAUGACUGUGUUCCCACUCACUGGACUAAACUUGACCCGAAAUCAAUGAAGGUCAACGACUUGCGUAAAGAACUUGAUUGUCGCUCUCUGAGCUCAAAAGGAUUAAAAUCCCAGCUCAUUGCCCGCCUCACUAAGCAGCUGAAGGUGGAGGAGCAGGUGGAGGAGUCCAAAGAGCCAGAGAAAACAGAAACUAAAGUCGCAGAGGAAGAGGAGCCGCCACGUACCGAGGAUGACAAAGAGGAUGAUGAAAAAAGGAAGCAGGAGGAGGUGGAGCGUCAACGUAGAGAAAGGCACUACAUCCUCCCGGAUGAGCCCACCAUCCUCGUGUAUCCCAACUGGGCUGCUAAGAGUGGCAAAUUUGACUGCAGCGUCAUGUCCCUAAGUGUGCUGCUGGACUACAGACUGGAGGACAAUAAGGAGCACUCUUUUGAGGUUUCCCUGUUUGCCGAGUUGUUUAACGAGAUGCUGCAGAGAGACUUUGGCUACCGCAUCUACAAGGCGCUCGCUUCUCUUCCCUCAAAGGAUGAGAAGAAGGAAAAGAAAGCGAAAAAGGAGGGAGAAAAGAAGGAAGCGGAAAAACGUGAAAUCAAAAAGGAAAAAGAAGAAGAGAGCGAGGAGCCAGCAGCAAAGAAGAACAAAGAUGAAGAGGAGGAGAAAAGAAAGUGUGAAGACAAAGUCAUCAAGAUGGAGUCUCGAGAUGAGGAGGAAGAUGAAGGCAGCACAGCCAACGCUGAGGAAUAUGACCCCAUGGAGGCUGAAGAUGAUGAUGAUGAUGAUGAUGAUGAUGAUGACGAAGACUACAAAGACAGAAGCGACCGAAAGGAUGAUCAUAAGUCAUCGAAGGACAGAUCAUCUAAAGACAAGAAACAGAUGGUGACCCAGAACAGGGACCUGCUCAUGGCAUUUGUCUACUUUGACCAAAGCCACUGGGGCUAUUUGCUGGAGAAAGACUUGGAGGAUAUCCUAUACACACUGGGCCUGCAUCUUUCUCGUGCACAGGUCAAGAAGCUUUUGAACAAACCUGUCGUUAGAGAGGCUUGUUAUUAUCGAAAACUGACAGACAGAGAAAAAGAUGAAGCUGCACUCUCCUAUAAUGAAGCCCAGAUAGAAAACCUUACUGGUAACAGAGCUCUGCUCCCUAGUGUAAAACCUUGUGCUUCAUCAGAGCCCAGUGAGUCUGGAAAUCUGAUCGUGUACAACGGAGCCAUGGUGGACAUCGGCAGCAUGAUGCAGAAGCUAGAGAAGAGCGAGAAGUCUCGGGAGGAGAUAGAGCAGAAGCUUAUUACUCAGGAAGCCAAAAUGGGAGAGGAUGCAAAGUUGAAAGCUCAGUUAGAGGAAGCCAACAAAGUCCUAACCAAGGAACUGGAGGAGGUGACGAGCACCCUCAGUCGAACGGAGCACACCCUGAGAGCUGUGACGGAGCAGAAAACCAUCUAUUACGACUACAUGAGAAAGUCUGCCAACACCUUGAUGACGACUGUCAAUGAGCUUCUGGAUGUACUAAAGAAGGAGCAAGUAGGUGAACCUAGCAUGAAGACCAAGAGCGACGAGAUCCAGACAUCUCAGACAAACGGAGCUGAUGAAUAACUUCUGUGGAUACAUGAAGCCAACCUGUAACAAUGAUCUUAAAUUGUAAAUAUUCCCUAAAAGUGUCACUUGAAUCUGUGUUUUUUUGAGGCUUUUGUGUGUAAAGUUUAUCUCAGAAGUUCCUCCCUGAUGUGAAGUCCCCCCCCCCCCCCCCCCUUUUUUUUUGUUAACUUUUCCUAAUUAGUCAUUUUAAUAAGGACAAAGUGUUCUUAUUAAAGCUCUUAUAGUUCAACUGACUUUGGUUUAGUUGCUAAAAUCUGUUUUGCUGUUGUUUUAGCUUUGUCAGGGCCAAUGAAGUGCCGUAUUGCGGAUUUAAAUGCCAGUAUGUGUGAGUGGUACUUAAGUUGAUUUUCUGUUUUUAACUAGCAAUAAAGAUGCUAUUUAUGUGCUGAAGAAUUCGUAGAAAACUAAAGAAAUAAACUGACUUGAGUAAGAAGGUGCAGAGAAUCUGGUUUGGUUGAGUUAUUUUCCCUUUCCAUCGUUCACCCUAUUUAUGUUUGAUUAACAUGCAAUUGAAAGUUCAUCUGUUUGACUAGUUUGAUAGUUAGUUUCUGCUGUUUUGUUGUUUUUUAACACAUGUGGCUAUGCAUGGCUCCUGCCUCUCUUGGACCUUUUAUUCUGACUGUAUUCACCCACUGAAUGCUCUGCAAGCAUUCUCAGAUUUGCUGAUGAAAAGAAACUAGACGUAAACCCAAAGCUAAUCUCAAUGAAUGUGUGUUCAGCUGAAGGAAUGAGCCGGAACAUUUUCAGUUAGUUUUCGGUUGUUUCUAAGAAAAAAAAAUGCUUGAUUACAUUUAAUGUCCUCCAAAGUAGGCAGUUUUAUUUUUCUAAUGAUAAUGUAAUCUUUGGAUGUCUUGUGCAAGAGUAAAGUGGUCCUUUUAACACUA